UUUUUUUCUCAUUUCAACAAUAUUUCUAUUCAUAAAUAAAUAAAAAUUCUCAACCAAAUUUAAUUUUGUUGCGCCCGUGGCCGUACUGUUUUUGCAAAAUGCUACUAGUCUAGUGGAGAUGGAUGAAAGACAUAUCCCAAUUUCUGAAGAUACAAUUCUGAUGGCCAAACUUGCCAGAAAAGAUCAAGGUGACCAUGAAACAGAAGUUAGUUUUAAUGGCGAGGCUGAUCUACAGUCUGCUUUUAUAAUGUGUGAAAAGAAUCCCAGUCACACCAACUAUAUGCCUGUGUUUGACAUGACGCUAGAAACCCUUCCAGAUGUUGUAAAGAAACAAAGCGUUGUAGACUUUCUCAUCUCCAAGUCAAUGGAAACAGUCAGAAUUGUAUGUAACAGGACCAGCGAAGCCAGGCCUGCUGGCUACACUUUUUAUAAUUACAGAGGAAAAAGAAUGUUUAGGUAUGGAAGUGGCAGAAUUUGGUCUGUUUAUGUAGAUAAGAUUAAGACUGACAUACCAUGUCCAUUUGAGGACUGUACAGUGAUAGAUGGGCCGCACUUUGUUCAUGGUUACCUUAGAGUGCACACAGCAAUGCAUGUUGUUUUUGAUGAUAUUGAAGCCCAGGCAACGACUAUCGAUUUCUUUUAUGAUAAACCUGAUGACAGGUCUACAGUAAUCACUGCGAGGGGCGUUAAAGUUGUUAAAAGUGACGUGGACGGAGAUUACUGUGUGAUGGAUUGUGUCACUCAUGAUGUUCAGUUAUGCCAGAAAUUAGACAGUAUAAGAAAAACCUGGGCCCAUCUGUGGCCAGAGGUGAAAGAUUUUUUGUAUGGGAAAGACAUCUCUUUUGUAGUUUCCCACCCCCAUGGGCGUGAAAAGCAAAUGAGCAUUGGAAAAUGUUGUGAAAGAAAUUGGGGAAAAGGGUCUGGUGAUCAGGGUUGGUAUAAAUAUGCCUUCACUGCUGCCACAUGCCCAGGUAGUUCAGGGGCACCGGUGUGGGUACCUGGCAGAGAUGGUCUGUUCUCUGGUUAUGCUCCACAUAGUGGAUACGAUAAAAAAACUGGACUCAACAUCAGCUGUGUUUGGUACUUCUGGAAAGAAAAUUCAUCAUCUGAAGAUAUUAUAUCUGAUGAAAAAAAAUAAUAAUGACUAGUUUACAGUAUGCAAAAUCAUUUAAAUUGAUGAAUCACAUUAACACAUUUUUUUUUUACAUUUUUGUACAUUCCCUUCCCCCUGUUCAAUAUAAAAUUAUUUAUUUCCUGAGACCACCAAUCCACAUAACGGUUAGGUACUAUAAAAACUUUUUUUAUUAACAAACAUUAUAGAAACCAUUUUAUAAAGAAAUACUUGUUACCUCAAAAGGAAUAAAGCUAGCGGUGUGAACCUUUCCAUCCAACCAUUCCAUAAAUAAGGCAACACUUGUUAAUAAAAAAAAGAAUUAAGAAAACAAAGGCAGUGUUCUAUUUAUAAUAUACAGCACAAAAGCAGUGUGUAAUAAUAUGACAAAAUUAUAAACCACACCCUAAAAUAUUUGCAUAAUCUCAAGCAAGUGGCUUAAAAUGAAAGAUUCAUUUUGUUAUAAGUUUAAAUACAAAUUUAAACCCUUUCAUGCUCAUAUUGUAAAAAUCAUAAAAACAUUUUCUAUUUUGUUUUUAAUUUAUAUCUGACAGUUAAUACAAUGUUUAAAAUUUUAAGCCAUUUAAAAAUAUGUUUUUGCCACAUUUAUGUUACUGAGAACUAAAACUGAUUUGACCAAAGUUUAAAAUUUUAAACAAUUUUAAAUAGACUUUUCCCAUUAUUAUGUUAUUGAGAAAAAAAAACUGAUGAUUUACUGGGGGUGUAAGUAUUAUUUAAAUUAUAUGGAGAACACAAACAUUCUGUAUAUUGUUAUCCAUUAUAACUAUUCAGCUGCUACAUGUAAAGCUUGGAUAGAGUGCAGUAACAAUAAGCUAUUCUUAUGAUUUUCUUCUUAUGGUCAAAAACAAUCAACCAGUCUGAUAUUCAAUGGUUUUAAAUGCAAUAUUUUUGAAGAUAAUAAUUCUAGCCUAUACAAAAAAAAGGAAGCUUGAUUGCAAAAUGUUUAUUUCAAUAAGUUUAAUAGCUUAAACUACAUCUAAACUUUCUGAACUAAUAUUCUGGGUUUGUGGAUUUUAAAAAUAAAUAUUUUGUCAGGCAGUUUUAUUUACAAUUUUCUAAACCCUAUUGAUUUUUUGAUUAUUCUGUAAAUAUAUUGUUUGUUUUUUUUAAAUUUAAAUCCGAAUUCUUUUUUUAUAUAUGUAUAUAUAUUUACCUACCAUACUGUUAUUAAUUAUUUUUUAGGUAUAUGUUAUACUGGUGCAAAUAUUUUCUGUCUCCACACUUAUAUCUGUAAAAAUUAAUUAUCUUUUAGUGGUAGUUGUUAAAAUUCUUGCUCCAUAAAUUUGCAACAUUAUAUUAAAGGUUUUAAAAGAUAUUAAUUGUAAAUAUAUUUUUUUGUACUCUACACAUAAGAUUUGUUUAAAGUUAAAUCAAAAGAAAUUUUUAUUGUACAUUAAAAUAAAGGUUUUUGUUUCUGAAUCAGUUUUUCAUAAAUAUUAUUAUAUUUUACAACAAAAUAAUGACAAGUAUUUGGGAGUUUCAGCUUUUAUUAUUAUUGGCAAAUUAACUUAUAUAUCAUGGAUUUGUCAUUUUCUAAACAAUUUUGAUUUUAUUUAGGAAUUUUAUAAUGUUGUUACUUUGAGUAUAAAUUUAAAUUGUUUCUCUAUAAAUCAAAGUCCAUAAAUAAUAAACCUUCCUCCACACUAAUUGCCUUGUCAUUUUUUAUUAUUCUUUUGUUAAAAAAUGUAGGCACAUUU